AUGUGGACCCAGUGUUCUCUUGGUCAGAGUGAUAAAGUGUCCUGCAGUCCUCAGACUAUCUGUGCUCUGCGGGAAUCAGCAGUGGAUCUGGAGUGCUCUUAUUCAAACACCAUCAAACCUCAGCAAAGCUUCUGGUUCAGCUCCAAACUAAAAGCUAAAUGGAGGAAAGAAGAAGAUCCAGAGGAUUUAGCUUUAGAUUCAGACUACGCAAGACGAGUGAUCUAUAAGACCAGUAGCUCCUCAUCCAUUACCUCCACUUCAACUCUUACGAUCAGAGAUCUGAGAGAGAGAGACUCGGGGGAAUAUCAGCUCAUGAUCAUUACAGAAUCAGGAGAGAAAUAUUCCAGCUCUACAGCGAUCACUCUAACGGUUUCAGAUCUGCAGAUAAAGAUGAUCUCUGAUACCGACAGGAAAUGGACACUGAACUGUAGCACCUCCUGCAGUUUGAGCUCUAAACCUCUUUAUUAUUACUGGUACAACAAUGGACAAAACUCACACUCAACAAAUUAUAGACUUUGGAGUUUGAUAAGUUUAUAUCAAACUGAUACUCCUAGCAGCUACUCCUGCUCUGCUGGCUGGACUCCUGACAUUCGUUCCAGCUCAGUAUGUGUUUCUGGUGAGAACUGUUGGAGUGUGAUCUACUCAGAGAGAAGAGUGUGUGUUCUGGAGGAUUCCUCAGUGGACUUUCCCUGUAUUUACUCAUAUCCCAGUGGACAGAGAGUUACUGAAUCAUACUGGUUUUACUUUCAGCCUGGAGUGAAUCCAAAUGAUCUGAGUAAGAAAGAGCAGUUUGCAGGCCGAGUGGAGUUUCCGGGGGAUAAAGAGAGAAACUGCACUCUGAGAAUCAGAAAUGUGACGAAGAGAGACUCUGGAGAAUAUCGGUAUCGAUUUCUUAAUAAUGAAGGAAGGGGUUUCUCUGGUAGUCCUGGAGUUAUUCUGAGUGUUACAGAUCUUCAGGUGAAAAUGAGUCCCAGCUCUCCAUCAGAAGGACAGACAGUAACACUGACCUGUAGCUCCACCUGCACUCUGCCCAACAACCCCACCUACUUCUGGUACAAGAACGGACAGCCUGUAACCAACAAACCCACCAGAUACAACAAGCUCUACCUGGAGUCAACAAGCCCUGAGGAUGUUUUCCAGUGUUCCUGUACUCUAGGAGGUAUCAACUUUUUGUAG